AGCGCGCGACACUGCGAGGUGCCGCAGGCAGCGUCCAACAUGGAGUCCGCGAGGAGGCGUGAGUGACUUUGUCGAGAGAGAGAGAGAGAAGAUUUGGGCAAACAAAAACGUGCGUCGAGUGCCACUUGAUUAUUUACAAGUAUUCCGGUGGCACAAGGGCCAAGGAGCGGUGCCCACAUUAGGUAAAAAACAAACAGACAAGCCCGCGAAGAAUGCGUCCGAGGAGUGCUGUAAAAACACGGCCGUAGAGCACUUUGGGUGACUUUCGAGGGCCUCGUGCUCCGAGCGGAUGAUGGUGGCGGCUCGCGCCUAGACGACGGCUCUCCAGCGUGCUACGAGAUCGUUUGUGCUAACGCCAACAUGCUGCUGUCUCUGGUCGUCCACACCUACUCCCUGCGCUACUGGUUUCCAGCGGCUGUCAUGCUGGGCACCGCGCCGGCGUACCUGCUGUCUUGGGGCGUCUGGCGGCUGCUCUCCACCGUUGUGCCGGCCAGGCUCUACCACCGAAUGGACGACUUCAUCUACUCCAUCUACCAGAGCAUGGUGCUCUUCUUCUUCGAGAACUACACGGGAGUCGAGGUCAUCGUGUACGGCGAUAUACCAAAGAGAAAGGAGAACGUCGUCUACCUGUCGAAUCACCAGUGCACAGUCGACUGGAUAAUAGCAGACAUGCUGGCAAUCAGACAAGGUGCCAUCGGGCAUGUGCGUUACGUAUUAAAGGAUGGCCUGAAGUGGCUGCCCCUGUAUGGAUGGUACUUCUCUCAGCAUGGAGGCGUCUACGUCAAGCGAAGUGCCAAGUUUGAUGAGAAAGCCAUGAGGAAAAAACUCGAGUCUCAAACAGAAGUGGGCGCUCCUAUGUAUCUGGUCAUUUUCCCAGAAGGCACCCGCUAUAACCCAGAGCUCCCAAAAGUCAUCUUGGAUAGUCAAGCCUUUGCCCGUAAGGAAGGUCUGUCAGAGUUACACCACAUACUGACGCCAAGAGUCAAGGCCGCCCACAUAGCUGUGGAUUCAAUGAAGUCCCACUUGAGUGCUGUGUACGACGUCACCGUAGCCUAUGAAGGGACCGUCGAUGCCAAAGGUGAAAGGAGGACUGCGCCAUCAAUGCCAGAGUUCUUGUGCAAGGAGUGCCCGAGGGUUCACGUGUACUUUGAGCGCGUCGAUGUGAAGGACGUUCCUCGGGAGCCGCUGUUCUUCCGGCGAUGGCUACACGAGCGAUUUGAAAUCAAAGAUCGGUUGAUGAGCAGCUUCUAUCAGUCCGAGGAUCCGGAGCAGAGACACAAGUUUCCAGGAGAAGGUCGCCGGUCGCCGCUCAGCCUGAGGAAGACUCUGCCGUCUCUGAUGUUGUUGGGCGGACUGACUCUGCCAAUGUUGCUUACGGAGUCAGGCAGGAGGCUCUACCUGAACACCUGGGUCUACGGCACUCUGCUGGGCUGGGCGUGGGUGAACGUCCGGCCGUGAGGACCCCGGAGAGAGGAGGCUUCUUGUCUUUGUUUUGUUUUUUUUAAUGAAUUCCGUGCUUCAGAUUCCAAUUUCUAUCCACUUUUGUAGACAUCGCCCUGUUUGUGACGAGAGGUAGAGGAGGAGUGCCAGGGUGCAGAGAUGCCCGCCAUCCUCUCCCUUCUCAUAGCCUAAGGUCUGCUGUGCCCGUCAUUCUGCUUAGCCACAUGCCAUCAUCACGGUGCGAGGAGUCCGCUCCCCAGUGUCCGGCUCUGAUGUGGCACCGGAAGCAGAUGGAUGGCAUGAUGUACCCGUGGCUGUGCGUGUUGCGCUCGAGAGAUCGAGUGUUAAGUAUUCGUUGACUUGCCAGUAUAAGUUCACCGUUACAGGACAGUGUUACACUCGACUUGCGCCAUUGCACUUUGUGGAGCGUCGAGCUGAAUGCCAAAUUGGGGGUCCCGGUGCGCCAAUUGCAGAGCUUUAUCGCUGUGCCAGCCGUACCCAUUUAGUUAGCAUCUUUUCGAUUUCUCGUUAUUGCGAUAAUACGACUCGUCUGUCCGUUACGUUGGUGUUUUCUGUUGUUGCCAUACUUGGUGUUCACUUUGUGGCCAACCUUGAGAGCCGAGCGUGUGCUGUGCCCUCUCCUGGGAUUGCCAACGGCUUUGCAGAGGAGGACCACCAGUGUGCGUUUGACUAAGCAGAAGUGAACGCCUCUCACGUGCCACAACGCUCUGUGCCUUUAGCCCGCCACGCGGGACCACCUGUCAGAUGUGCCCGGGGUGAACCUCAGCUGGCCCUUAGGUGGCACUCGCUCGCUCGCUCUGUCACUCGAUUACAGUCUUGCUGUCACAGCUCUCAAUUACUGACCCUGCUUUGUUCAUUUAUGCUUAUGAUGAUGAUGAUGAUGAUGAUGAGACGUUGAUUUUGCCAGUCAGUAGUGUGUAGUGGAAGGAGGACACAUUCAGUGUGCAUGAUUGCUUUUUGAAAAACAAAGACCCCUGAAAUAAAUUGUAAGUUCUCUUGA